CCUCUGAAAUAUGGAAGCUAAUCCACAAUAAGGGUGUGGGGUGCAAAUAGAAGUUCAGUGGAAUAGACAAAGGGAAAUGAAGGGUGAAGUAAAGGGGGAUGGGAGAAGGAAAGGCAGUGGAAUGAAGACAUAACUUUUAUGCAAAUAUAAAUAUACCACAGAAAACCUCACCAUUGUGGCUAUCCAUAAAAAAUUAAUAAAAAAAAUAACUAGGUAAAUGACAAGAAUCAAUAGAGAAAAGGAAGCAGGGGGUAGGGGAAGGGAAGCGAAAGGAGAGGUACUGGGGACUAAAUUUGAACAAGAUACAGUCCAUGUUUUUUUUAUUAUGUCAAAAUGAAGUCUAUGUCAUGUAUAUCUAAAAAGAAAACAACAACGAGAAUACAGGUCAAAAGACCUAGGUUAGAAUCAGUACUCAUCUCACUGUUGGGUAGGAGAUCUGUUUAUCUCCAUUUUUCUUCUACUUUUUCUUCUGUAACAGAAAAAUGGUAAGUGACAUUUACUAUAAGAAUACUUUCAGGAUAAAUAUCGAUAUAUAUGUGAAAUUCCUGAGAUCUUAGGACUAAAUGAGGUAACUUUUAUUAAUUAUUCUAUUAUUGCUAUAGAGCAGCUAAGGAGUAAACUGAAACCAGUUCCAUGAUGUUUAUAGUGUAGACAUUUUGAUUAUAUAGAGUGAUUAAUUAUGGUGCAUUUAUCCUAAUUUGACUAUAUCUACAUGUACAUUUAAGUUAUUUGCUGAGUUAGUUUUUGCAACGUUUUAGAAUUGAUAAUACCCUUUUGCUUACAAAAAAGUUAGUGCCCUGGUUUUGCUUGCAGCCUACAUCCUAACAGGGAACCCUUAGGAAACCAAAUCUCCAGAGGUAGUUUGAAAAUGGGCAUCUCAGCAUAGGCUAGUGCUUGGUAUUCCAUGUCUAAGAACUGGGUAGAGCCCACAGCAUGAAAAUGUGACCCUGAUAGAAUUAUAUUUUUUGAUUCUUUGAAAUUAUUGUAUUUGGUAGCUCUGUCCCUCUCACCCCUACCCCUGUAUUAGAGAUGUACACGCUGACAUGCUAAGCAAGCCCUCUACUACUGAGCUACAUCCAAACCUUUUUUUUUUUUUUUAAUUUUGACAGAGUCUUACUAAAUUGCCUAGGAUGACCUCAAACUUGUGAUCCUCAUGCUUCAGCCUCCCAAGUAGCAUGCGUAGAUCACCAUGCCCGGCUGGUAUUUCUGCUUUGAUAAAACAUGAAACAGACUGCAAAGCCAAAUUGAAAAGCUUUUUGUAUUACCUUUGCCUAAUUUCUUCUGCCCCUUGGUUGAUUUUUCUCUUACCUUAAUCACAUUAGUAUGAGUAAUUGAAGAGUUGACGACACCACAUUUUUCAGCCUAAAGUUUAGGACCAAGCAUCUGAUCAAAUUUGAGUUCAUGAUUUCCAUUUCUCAGUGUUUAUUCACUCAAAAGCUUUAUUAAAUUUCUUUCUUCCCUUUGAGCCCCUGUUUUCUUCCAAACAUGAAGCCCACCUCUUCACCUUAUUUCUACAUUUUAUUUAGUCAGAGUGGACUUCUACAUUAGGAAACACUAAUUGUAAAGAUGAAGAAGGUAGAUAAUGACUAUAAUGCCCUUCAAGAAAGACUCAGUACUUUACCUGAUAAGUUGUCUUAUAAUAUCAUGGUACCAUUUGGCCCCUUUGCCUUCAUGCCAGGAAAACUUGUUCAUACUAAUGAAGUCACUGUUUUACUUGGGGACAACUGGUUUGCAAAAUGCUCAGCAAAGCAGGCUGUAGGUUUAGUUGAACACCGGAAAGAACAUGUAAGAAAAACAAUAGAUGAUUUAAAAAAAGUGAUGAAAAAUUUUGAAUCCAGAGUUGAAUUCACAGAAGAUUUGCAGAAAAUGAGUGAUGCUGCAGGUGAUAUUGUUGAUAUAAGAGAAGAAAUUAAAAGUGACUUUGAGUUUAAAGCCAAACAACGAAUUGCUCAUAAACCUCAUUCCAAACCAAAAACUUCAAAUAUUUUUGAAGCAAAUUUUGCAAAUGAAGUAAAAUCUGAGGAUUUGCUUGCUGAUAAGGAACUGUGGGCUCGACUGGAAGAACUAGAGAGACAAGAAGAAUUGCUGGGUGAACUUGAUAGUAAGCCUGAUGCUGUGAUUGCAAAUGGAGAAGACACAACCUCUUCUGAAGAGGAGAAGGAAGAUCAAAACACAAAUGUGAAUGUGAUACAUCAAGAAACAAACUCCCUUACUCCCAGCAGUUAUCAUAAGGAUGUUACACAUUCAGAACAAUUCAAUGGACAAGUGAAUAGUCAGUUGAACUGUUCAGUAAAUGGUUCAAGUUCUUGUCACAGUAAUGAAGAAGAUGAUGAAGACAACAGUGAUGAUGGUUAUAAUGAAAAUGACCAUAAUGCUUUAGGGAUUGGAGAUAAUUCUGUACCAACAAUAUAUUUUUCUCAUACUGUUGAACCUAAGAGGGUUCGAAUAAAUACUGGAAAAAAUACCACUUUAAAAUUCAGUGAAAAGAAAGAAGAAGCCAAACGUAAACGAAAGAACAACGCUGGAAGUGGUCAUUCUGCUCAAGAGCUGCCUACAAUCAGGACUCCUGCUGACAUUUACAGAGUCUUUGUUGAUGUUGUGAACGGAGAAUAUGUUCCUCGUAAAUCUAUCCUGAAAUCUCGAAGCAGAGAAAACAGUGUUUGUAGUGAUACCAGUGAAAGCAGUGCUGCUGAAUUUGAUGAUAGGCGGGGAGUUUUGAGGAGUAUUAGCUGUGAAGAAGCUACUUGUAGUGACACCAGUGAAAGCAUUUUAGAAGAAGACCCACAACAAGAAAAUCAUCAAAAGAAACUUUUGCCAUUAUCAGGAACAUCUGAGGCUUUUUCUGGAACUGUAAUAGAAAAAGAAUUUUUAUGCUCUUUAACACCACACCCAGCCAUUGCUCAUCCUGUACUACCUACCAUUCCGGAACGAAAAGAAAUUCUGUCAGAAGUAUCAGAAGAACCUGCAAAAAGGGUUUCAAAGUUCAAAGCUGCCAGAUUGCAACAAAAAAACUAGGAAAUGGGAGUUUAUAUCCUAAAAUCUAGUUGUGCAUUUUUAGAAUGUAUAAGCAAAAUAUGUUACAUGUAGUUUGAAAUAAGGUGUUUUGAGUUAGUUUGGUAGCAAGUUCUCUUAUCAGUGAUAUUACAAAAAUCAUAGUAAAUGUUUGAAUACAUUAAUAUUCAGCUUGUUUUGUUAGUUCUCUGACUACUAAGUUGGCCUUACAAUUUUGAAUUAUUUUUCAAAGAACACAGUUCAUAUGCAUUGCUUUUGUGUUUUAAACUAAAUACAAGCAGUUUUGUACCAGCUGUGAUGUUGUGUGUACCAUAUGGACCAUUUAAAAGAAUCUUUUAAGAUAUCAAAUAGAUUCAACAAUUAUAUUACUUGCUUUUGCAUUUUAAAGGCACUUUAAAAAAAAUCUACUUCCCUCAUAGGUUUUGUAAGCUAGGUGGCUAUUUAAAAGAAAGAAAGAAAGAAAAACAAACAAACAAAAACCUCUUCCCUUUUAAUGUCAUACUGUAAUCUUUAAGACAGAAAGCUACAUGUAUCCCAUGGAAAAGUUUCUUUGACUGGAAGAAUGAUAUUUUGUAAAGUAUUUCUUUUCAAGUAAAAAUUUUAUGAAACUUGGUUUCUAAAAUAUUGCGAACUUUAUGAUUUAGCACUGAAUAUGGAAAUAUGUCUUUGAUUCUUAUGUGUAUAUACCACACAACAGAUUCUUGAAUUCUUACAAUUCCAUAGGAACUACUUCUCCCCUUUCUGUAUAGUUUUCACUGGGAUUUACCUUUGGGAGAGAAGGAAAGUUUGUCUAGAUGCUUUAAAAAAAAAAAUGAAUGAAUGAAUGAAUUUUUCAAAUAAAAUUUUCUUAUGUUUUAAUCUUUCCAACAUUUUCAUUCUUUAAGCCUACUUUACUACUAGUAAAUAACUAGAUAACAUUUUUACUUUGUUACUUUUGUAGUAAAAUUCCUUAAAGAUAAAUUUAGUCUAACAUUGAAAAUUAUACUGCAAGUGUUAAUAAUUAGCUUGAUGCAUGCUAAAAUGUAGCUUUUAAAAAGCAUUCUGCAUUAGAACUAAAAUAAGCCAUCAAUGCCAGUCCACCCUCUAUUCAUGGCUAAAUAUUUAAGGGUUAUUUAUAGCUUCUUUAAUGAAUUCUUGCUUAAACAAAGUGAAAUUAUGUCCUAGAAAAGUAGAAGCUAUUUGUAACUAGAACAGCACAACUGUAAAAAGUUUUAUGAAUAUGUAUUUUAAUGAUAAAGGGGUGAGCUUGAAUCCCCAGUAAUUAAUAGAUCAUUUAGAACAGAGAACUGAUUUUGAAAGAUCACCUAAAAAUGUAGAAAAUUUGUUCUUUAGUGAGUUCUGAUCAGCUGUAUGUUUUGUAGUUAAAAACAGGUUUUCUUUCAGUUCACCCUGUUCAUAAACCAAAUAGUGCAAACCACUCACAAAGGAGUUCUCCCUUUCUUUCUCAAUUGCUAUUUAAGUGAACCUUUCUGUGCUAACACCCACUCCCUGCCCCUGGUUAAAACAAACUUUAUUGUAGGACUGUGGUGGUAUUUAGAGAUGUAUAAUUUCAAGAGUAUUGUCAUUAAAUAUUUUUUCAUGUUUAUGAACUUCA